AUGAGAUGUACGAAAGCGUCUCGAGAAUGUGUCUACAGCCAGAAGCAGCACAGGACGUGUCAUUAUGAUGGUGUCGUCGGAACUGGCAGGGCGUCCAAUUCAACCAGGGACCAGAACCGGACAGAUCCCAGUAUUGACGAGCAAGUCACUAGAAGUGAAGGCGAUAUUACAAACGCUUUCCAGGUCUUGCAUGGCUUGCCAGAGGACACUGGGUCAGCACGAGGGAUAGCAAAUUCGAACCAGGAACCAUUCCUCGACAACAGAGUGUAUGGGAAUGGUGCUUCAUUCGCUGAGUUCGAACUCUCACCCUUCACUUUUUCCUCGGCCGUGUCUCCUGGAACUGCACCUUUCCAAUGGUAUGAUCUUCUUGCUCAGGAUGCUUUGAUCAACUUCGAGAAGCACUCCUUGCUACAUCACGAUACUCAAUGGGAGUUCGAUCCCAGAAGCCUGUCCCGAAGACCUAGUAUCUCUCAAGCCGUGCCUGAGAACGUAAUCGAGGAUUUGAUGAGGCCAGAUAAAACAGCAGGGACAGAAAGUAACUGUACAUAUGAACAGCUGGGGGGGGAAAGCAACCCCAAGUUCAAUGAACCCUGGAAUACCCCAGAACCCAUUAUUCUCCAGGAUGAGGAGGCUCUAUACUUGCAAUGUUAUGUUAGGGAUGUCGCACCUAUUCUUGACUUGUUCGAUUCAGAAAAGCACUUUGGCAGCAUCGUACCUCACCUGGCAUUGAGAAACCUUGGUUUGAUGAAAGCCCUUCUCGCAGUCGCUGCUAGGUAUGUCUCCUUGAAGUUGUUCGACGCUGAGGAUCGAGAUAAUUCAACUCCUGCGGCGGCGACAGGAGUUGCUGAUCCCCAGAAACACCACAGGCAAGCUGCAACGCAGUAUUACUAUGAAACUCUGGGAUACCUAGCUAGGGCAAUGCAGCUCCCGAGCUACACACGCAGCUCAGAAAUUCUUGCCACUGCGAUCAUGAUAAGUACCUAUGAAAUGUUCGACGGCUCUAAAGAUGAAUGGGAGCGACAUCUUCGCGGUGCCUUUUGGAUUCAAAGAUCCCAAGAUAACGACGGCGAAUCUAGUGGCAUUCGAGAGGCAGUAUGGUGGGCCUGGGUGAGGCAAGAUAUCUGGGCAGCAUUGCGGGAACGAAGACGGACCCUUACAAUUUGGAGGCCAAAGAAGCCGCUAGCUUCCCUAAACGCAAAUGAGCUUGCAACAAGGGUUGUGUAUCUACUUGCUAAGGCAAUAUGUUACGCAUCAAAAGAGGCUGUUGAAUCCCAGGAUCUUGGAAAGAGACUCGCGGAAGGCAAUCAUUUGCUUCAAACACUGGAAGACUGGUUUGCCGCUCUUCCUCCAUCUUACGAUCCAAUUCAGACUGCAGGCGAGUCAGAGGGCGCGUUCCAAACUAUCUGGAUCCAUCCCCCGUCCCAUGCGGCGGCGGUUCAGACAUAUUGCCUCGCUAAAAUCCUUAUCUCACUAAACAAACCGUCUGCAGGAAGUGUGUCUGCAUAUCAUGAAUGUCAAAAUGUGUUGAGGGACGCUUCAAGGACCAUUUACGGUCUCGCAAAAGCACCACAUGCUACUGACCCCGCCUCUGCUUUUGUCAGUUUUCAGUGCUUGUAUGGUGGUAAGCAAGUUGCACCCUCCUUGACAUCCUACGUACUAAUUUACGCAGCUGGUCAAUGUUUACGAACAGUAACACAACAACAAGAAUUCAUUGAUCUUCUAAAGUUAUCUAUCGAAAAUUGCAGGUUUGCUCCCAAGUCACUAAUUGACGACUUGCGAGCGAUGUGGAAGGAACAUACCUAA